AUGAUUCCACUUCUCCUUGGAUCAUUGCUAACAAUUGCAAUUGUUGGAUAUAUCUAUUACGCGUAUCAGAAAGUGAGCUAUUGGGAAAGGAAAGGUAUCCCAUCAAUCAAAGCUCCAAUAUUCACUGGUUCACUCACUGCCAUCGCUGAUCCAAAAGUCCCAUGGAGUGCCUCGUUAAGAAAAUAUACAAAAAAAUUCGGCAAUGUUUGGGGUUAUCAAGAGGGAGUGAGAAGCGUUUUGGUGGUGGCCGAUCCGAAAAAAGCUCAUGAAUUGUUUGUGACUCGAUUUGAGGAGUUUCAAAAGCAAAAGCGUUUUCCUCUAAUCGAAACGAGUGCUGAAGAUCCAUCUGCUCAUCUCGGAAUGACAUGGGGUCCAAGAUGGAAAAGAUUGAGAUCUAUUGUUGCUCCACAAUUCUCAAAUCAGAGUCUCAAGAAAAUUCUCCCAACAAUUCGAGAUUCUGCUAAUCAUUUGGUUGAUCAUAUAAGCAAGAAUGGAGAGGGGAAAGGAUUCGAGAUUCAGAGAUAUUUCCAAGAAUAUACAAUGGAUAUCAUUGCUCGGGUUUCGAUGGGACAACAAGGAUCGAAACAAUUUGAGACUGAUCUCGUUCCGAUUAUGAAAACGUUCUUCGACCGAGAUCCCCGUGAUCCGAUCUUCUAUUGGGCUUCUGCGAUGCCGGUUUUUGGAAAGUAUAUCCGAAUGGGUUUCUUUUUGGUGAUGUCACUUGUGAAGAAUAGUUUCAUGAGAGCCGUCAGCUUGAUCGAGAAUGCUGUGAAAGAACGAAAAGAGCAACGGGCAAAUGGAGCAUCGUCAAAUGACAAAGAAGUUGCUGAUUACAUUGAUCUAUUCUUAGAUGCUGAAGAAGAGAUUGAUUUCAGUGAGGAAAAGAAGCAGAAUUUCAAAAAUAUGCAUGUAAAACGUCAUUUACACGAAAGAGAGGUGAUCAUGCAAUUGUUAAUGUUUCUCAUUGUCGGUUUUGACACAACAUCCAACUCUUUGGCUUAUGUUUCUUGGUAUUUAGCGAAGUAUCCAAAAAUUCUCAAAAAAGUGCAAGAAGAGAUUGAGCAAGUUUGUGGAGAUGAGGAAUUAACUUAUGACAACUUGAACGAAUUGAAGUAUAUGGAUUGCGUGAUAAAGGAAGCACUGAGAUUAAAUCCAUUGGGAGUUUUUGUCUCAAGUCGAGUCGCUGCUCAUCGUUGUGAAUUCGCUGGAGUCCAACUUGAAGAAGGAGACAGUGUACAGAUCGAUGUCUUCUCAAUUCAAUACAGCAAAGAGAUUUGGGGAGAUGAUGUUGAAGAGUUCAAUCCAGAUAGAUUCUUGAAUCUGACAGCUGACCAAAAAGAAGCUUAUCUUGCAUUUGGAGCCGGUCCUCGACAAUGUGUUGGCAUGCGUCUGGCUUACUUGGAACAACGAAUGGCUUUCGCAGCAUUGUUGAGAAAAUAUGAUAUUGUUGCUGGACCGGAAACAGAGAAAGAACUCCAACUCCAAGGUUGGACAACAAUGUCACCAAAAUCUGUGACUGUACAAAUUCGAAAACGAGGAAUGGAA